AAAAAAUUUAGAUUAAAUAAUUUUUUCCUGUUUAUAAUUGUUCGGAGAUGAUGCAUGUGAGUUUUUCCGAACCACAUGUGGAUUAAUUUUAGUAUGUCAUAUUAUAUCGCCAUGCACAACAGUUCAAGAAUUACAUAUCGGCAAGCCGAUCCCAUCCCAAUCUGUUGUCAUCCGUAUUUUUUUUAUCAGGUCAUUUGUAUCAUUGGUUAAUUAGGCUAGAGGACUUAAUUAACAGUUUGCAAAGAGAGGAGGAUGGGUUAGUUAGUUAGUUACCGCAACUCCCAAAGAGGUU